GCCCGCGCAGCGCUCUCUGUUCGCUACGAUGAGUAUUUCAGCUGUGCACGAUUUUUAAAUAAGUCAACUCUAUUGGAAGUGUUGUUCUAUAUUUAUAACUUGAACUAGUUAUAAGAAAAUUGAUUUGAAACGACUGAGUCGGCGACGCCGCUCCAUUCCGUUGGUGCGGUUUUAUCGCGUUAAGGUAGAAUAAUGUGUCUGUUAUAACACGAGCAAUGGAUAAUGUACAACAGGCUAAUGUAUCUGGAUCCCUCGAAAACAAAGACAAUGUAUCAGAGAAGCUAUUGGAUUUAGACGACGUGCUGGAGAAAGAGUUGGGUCAGUUCGGUCGGUUCCAACUGACGAAUAUCUUGCUGGUGGCGAUUCCGCUUAUGGUCCCCGCUUUCAUGACUGAAUUCAUCUUCUCUGCCUCUGCUAUUCCUCACAGAUGUCGAAUCCCCGAAUGCGGAGAAAACAACAAGAGCGUAGAGUUCAACCCAAUAUGGCUGGCCAACGCCGUGCCUCGCUCGGACUCAGAACACGCAUCCUGCAACCGUUACAAUCCACUAGGCGACAAUGGCACCCUAGACAACUGUCCUGUCGCGCUAUUUGACCAGGAGCAAAUUGUUGACUGCGAUAUCUUCGUUUACGAGAGAGAUAACACUAUCGUGUACGAUUUUGAUUUGGGCUGCAAGGAGUGGCUGCGUGCGCAAGUGGGCUUGUUUUCCAGUGUGGGCGCAUUGCUGUCAAUGCCACUCAUUGGUUACUUCUCGGAUCGCUUCGGCCGCCGUCUCGCACUCACGCUCUCAAUCUUCAACGUCGCUCUUUUUGGUCUCAUUCGUGCUUUCUCUUUCAACUACACCAUGUAUUUAGUGCUGCAGUUUCUGAACACCACUUUAGGCGGCGGCACUUUUACUUCGGCUUAUAUUUGCGCGGCAGAAUUGGUGGGUCCAAAGUAUCGAAUGUAUACCAGCGUUUAUUCAUCUUCGAUGUUCGCGCUGGGACAAGUAACGAUGGGCGCCGUAGCCAGCCUGGUGCGGCCAUGGCGAUACUUGCUUAUAUCUCUAAAUAUUCCCAGCUUCCUCCUGCUCGUUUGUUACUUUUUCUUGUCGGAGAGUGUGCGCUGGCUACUCUCGAAGCAGAAAUAUGCCGAAGCGCGGAGAGUGCUUGAGAAUGUAGCAAGGGUUAAUAAAACGCAAAUAAGUGAAAAGUCCAUGCAGGCCUUGAUGUCUCCAUCUUCACAAACUGACCGGGACGAGGCAGGUAAUCCAGGACUGAUCAAAACGGUAUUACGAUCACGGGUGUUGUUACGACGAGUAUGUACAACGCCCAUCUGGUGGGUGGCCUGCACGUUCGUCUACUACGGGCUAUCUAUCAAUUCUAUUGGGCUCUCGGGCAACAUGUACCUCAACUACAUCUACACCUGCGCCGUUGAGAUUCCCGGUUUUUUCAGCGCGCUGUUUACUCUGCCCAUAAUUGGAAGGAAGUGGACUCUUGCUUCGGGUUUUCUCUUAAGCGCGGGAUGUAACUUUGCAUUCGCUUUUAUUUCUAUAGAUUUGGUCUCUGUCCGGUUGGCGCUUUUCCUUUUGGGCAAGCUGUUCAUUUCAAUGGUGUUCACGUCGGUGUACUUGUUCACGUCCGAGCUGUAUCCUACGCGAUACCGACACACCUUCAUCGGCUUCUCCUCGAUGAUAGGCCGCAUCGGUACUAUCACUGCGCCGCUCACACCUGCGCUCGCGGAGUACUGGGAAGGCAUUCCGUCGGUGCUGUUCGGUGGUGUAGCAUUGGUGGCGGGCUUUCUAGCGCUCACGCAGCCCGAGACGCUCGGUGUCAAGCUGCCGGACACCCUGGUCGAAGCCGAGGCGCUCGGCCGCUCAAACGACUCUCGUCGCCUCAGAGAGAUAAACUAGGCGACUAGUUUUACUUGGGACUUGUUAGUCCCGUCGAGACACUGCCACUGCGCUCUUCACCCUGAGAUAUAAGUUGACAAGUCCCAUGUGUCUAAAAUUCACAAGCACCCGUACCCUUCAAACCUGGAACGCAGUAAUGCUGACAUCAUUGAAUGGCAGCAGAAAUAAGUAAGGCGACAGUACGUCCUUGGACGGACUUUCACAAUGAGCUCUAGUGUUCCUAUGAAUAUUUGAACUCUGAAAUACUUUAAACAAACAAACAAAAACGAUGUCUAAUGUUCCUAAAACUUUAAUGGUGCUUGGGUCCUAUAAAGUCGAGUUAAAAUUUUUAUUGUAUGUCAAAGAAUUAUAGGAUUUACUUGAUCUGAUAGUCACAAAGUUUUGCUCAAUGCUUUAAACAGUAUGGUCAGCUUGAUUCGUGUCACGUUACUGUAUCAAUUUUCGGUAAAAAUACAUUUAUUGAUCGAAAACAUUGGGAUUUUCCAACAAAUAUAGUUUGUAACAUUUCUAACUAUUGGGAUAUUUCGACGUACAUACAAUAUUCUUCUUAACACACAAGCACUUCCUAGUAUCACAUUGUUUUGUGCACCUACAUUUAACAUAUUUAAUAUUAUGAUAUGUUUAAAAAGGCGGGAA